CAGCUUCGCUUAUGAGCGGUGGGCGGUACCAACAUGGCGGCUCUCUGAGUUUGCGAAGAGAAACUGAGGUGUAAAUAAACUCUUCGUGUACAUUUUGCACAACUUAUUAGCACAUUUCAGUAAAUUAAUUAAUGAGCAAGUACUCCGAAGCCAAAAUAUGUCAGGUGACGGCAACAAAAAACAGUUCUGGAAGAGAAACACAGCCAAGGUUCCUGGAAAUAUUCAGCAUGUAUAUGGAGCCCAACAUCCCCCAUUUGACCCUUUGCUACAUGCCAAUCUGAUGAAAGCUGGAAACAAGCCUCUGUCUACCACUACGCCGGGAAAACCAAAGAAAGCCACCACCUUCCAAGAGUUUGAGAGCAUCACCAGUGAUGCCUGGGAUGUGGGAGACGAUGAUGAUGAGCUUCUCGCUAUGGCAGCCCAAAAUCUCAACAUUGAGGUCGUUAUGGAGACAGCCAAUAAGGUGAUUGAAAACCACAGCAAGCUACAAGAAAGAAGACAGCAGCAGAUGGAAAAGAUGACUGAGCCUGAGGAAAAAGACAGAGAGGAAGCACAGGAGGAAGAGGAAGAGCCAGAUGAAGAGGACGAGAGAGAGGAAGGGGCCGAGAUGACAACAGAUCUUUCAUUCAGUUUAGAGACUCUUCCCCUAAGUGAUAACAGAAUGGUGAAGUCACACAGUGAAGCUCCCGUCGGCUCGCCUAAAGAAGUGGGCGUUGAACAGGCAGCACUACACAGACAGCAGUCACUCCCGCACAGGCCUGUGAUUCCACUGGUGGCCCGCAUGGCGGAUCAGAACACAUCCGGGACCCCUGCCAUGACCCAGAGAGAGGCGUCAAGACUCGACAAGUUCAGGCAGGUUCUGGCGGGACCUAAUACUGAUCUGGAGGAGCUUCGGAAGUUGAGCUGGUCGGGAAUUCCGCGGCAGGUGCGCCCAAUCACAUGGAAGCUGCUCUCAGGGUACCUGCCAGCCAAUGCAGAGCGGAGAGAAAGCACAUUGCAGAGGAAGCGGCAGGAAUACUUUGGCUUUAUUGAGCAGUACUAUGACUCCCGUAAUGAUGAACACCAUCAGGACACAUACAGACAGAUUCACAUUGACAUACCGAGAACUAAUCCUCUUAUACCUCUCUUUCAACAAACUUCUGUGCAAGAGAUCUUUGAGCGGAUUCUGUUCAUCUGGGCGAUACGGCAUCCAGCCAGUGGUUACGUUCAAGGCAUCAAUGACCUUGUCACGCCCUUCUUCGUUGUUUAUGUUUUUGAGUAUAUUGAGGAAGAGGUGGAAAAUUUCAAUGUUUCCAGCUUGCAGGAAGAGGUGUUGCGGAACAUCGAGGCUGACAGCUUCUGGUGCAUGAGCAAGCUCCUGGACGGGAUUCAGGACAACUACACCUUCGCCCAGCCUGGGAUCCAGAGGAAAGUGAAGGCACUGGAGGAGCUGGUCAGCCGAAUCGAUGAGAAUGUACAUCGCCACAUGCAGCAGUAUGAGGUGGAGUAUUUGCAGUUUGCCUUCCGCUGGAUGAACAACCUGUUAAUGAGAGAGCUUCCUCUGCGCUGCACCAUUCGCCUCUGGGACACUUAUCAGGCAGAGCCUGAAGGAUUCUCUCAUUUCCAUUUGUACGUGUGUGCUGCUUUCCUGGUGCGAUGGAGGAAAGAGAUACUAGACGAAAAAGAUUUCCAGGGUCUGAUGAUUCUGCUCCAGAAUCUACCCACAAUGCACUGGGGAAACGAGGAAGUAAGCGUUCUCCUAGCUGAAGCUUACCGGCUGAAGUUUGCCUUUGCCGACGCUCCUAACCAUUACAAAAGAUGAGGCUUCGCCCAGCACGAUCACUGAAUAUGACGAGCCCUACUGAACUGAAACGUGACAUUUUUAUGGAAGUGGGAAUCUGGUCUGCAGCGGUUCCUGGAAUUUUUUCCUCAUUUCUACUAAUCUUAGCACUCCGAAUGCCAUGAGUCACCCGGAUGUCAAAAUCAUGCACUCGUGAAAUACACUAAAUUCAAUCUUUGUUUCUCAUGCUUUUCUUUUCCAGUUGAAUCACAACCGUUUCCAAGAAUUAUUAUUAUUAUGUUUAUUUUUGUUUUUGCGGCAAAGUUCAUUUAGACAACAGGAUUCUAAGAAGUAACAGCAGCAGUAGGAUGGAUGCAUGCCCAGUUGAUUCAUGGCAAUAACAAGACAUCACUCAGAAAACAUGGUUUAUAAACAUUCGCAGUAAGAUCGUUUGGCUUAAACAGCGCCUACGAACACUUAAUUUAACAUUGGUCUACCUCAGGCAGUGGCCAGAAAUUGUGGGGUGUUUAUUUAGUCUCUGAACAGUGUCCAUGAGGCUUUGCAGUGGAGUCAAUAAAAUCUGCCUUAUUUUGGCUGAGGUUCGGUGAACAGAGGCAGCUGGAGAUGCAAGCUGAAGAACUGAUUCAACUUUUUGCGUUCUCUUUUGCUUAUGGCCCUGUCAUUUUGAAGUCUCAUUUUGAUAUUGAUUUAAUAAUCCGUACUGACUGUACAAUGCUGUCAUUAAUAGAUGUGUUUGGGGAUUGACAUUUUGUCACUAUUUGAACUGUGCGCUGCUUAAAUCAUGUCAUCAGGCUUUUACAUUUGUGUGCCAGUUCAUACAACUAAACAUGAGUGAAACUGCACUUGAUAAGUCUAUUUUACUCCCUUCAUUACAAUAUAUAUUCUAUGAAUCCGCUUUUUUUUUUUUUUACUAUAUAUUGUUUACAUGAGCCUAAGUUGUGCCUAACUCGAAAUUGAUGACAUCACAUAUUUAUUUUACAUUCAUGAUCAUUUAGGACGGGGCAAAGCAGAACAUUUGCCUUGACAACAUUUACUCCUGCAUAAACCGUGUGAAUUCAGCAGCUUUACUGGUCUCCUGUUUGAUAGGUCGUAGAAUUGAAGGAACUUACUGUAACUGACAUUCAGUGCCUGAACAACAUGGGGUUACUGUACGAGCUACGUGGGUGCUGGCAGAUUUUCUGGAUACCAAGAUUCUUGACUUAGUUUCUUCACUUCAAACUACAGAAACGUCAGAAUGGAUUUUAAAAGAGGUGUGAGUGAAAUGUUCUUGAAUUAAAUAGCUGUGUACAGAAUUAUGUUUUCAAAGAGAUGUAAAUAGAAAAAUGUGUAAAUAAAU